ACUCUCCAAAACUACAACUCCCUAUACCCCUUGCGCUAUCGCGACAUCACUUCCUUAAACAAUUGGAGUGACGCUGAGCCGUCCAAUCAGCUCCACCGGUGAGAAAGGCCCGCGUGUUUUGAACUUAGCCUGGCGGAAGUGUUUGGAAAGGAAGACAGGGACCAUUGAAGGGGUUCGAUAACAUCCGCUGAUAAUAACAUCGAUAUAUUAGUAAUGUAACGCGUGUAAGGUCCGUCCCCUCAGGAACAUCCCCUUCUUCUCCCGGAUUUUCUCAGGAAAGCACAUCUUCUCAGCAAUAACCAUGACUAUGACCGCUUCAUCUACAACGGAGGAAGACAAUGUAUCUGUGGUGGUCCGAGUGCGCCCCCCAAAUCAGCGUGAACUAGAAGGAAACCAUCACCCGGUGGUGCAAGUUGUGGAUCACAAUAUGCUGGUGUUUGACCCUGAUGAGCCAGAGACAACAGGAGUGUUUUCCAGCCUCAGAGGGAACGAUGGAACAAAGCGCAAAGGAAAGGAUAUGAAGUUUAUUUUUGAUCGUGUUUUUGGGGAAAAUUCCAGACAGCAGGAUGUGUUUGAGCAUACAACAAAGGAGAUUCUAGAUGGCGUCCUAAAUGGAUACAACUGCUCUGUUUUUGCCUAUGGAGCUACAGGUUCUGGGAAGACCCACACAAUGCUGGGCAGUGAAGUUGACCCUAGCGUUAUGUACCUUACUAUGGUUGAGCUUUACAGGAGAAUUGAGGCAAUCAAAGAGGAAAAGUCAUGCGAGGUUCUUAGCUCCUACCUUGAGGUGUAUAAUGAACAGAUACAGGACCUGCUGGAGCCAAGAGGAUCUCUAGCAAUCCGGGAGGAUCCCCAGAAGGGUGUAGUUGUUCAGGGCCUGUCUUUCCAUCAGCCCAAAUCUGCCGAUCAGUUGCUGCAAAUGCUGGCCAGUGGUAACCUUAAUCGCACUCAGCAUCCCACAGACGCCAAUGCAUCAUCUUCACGCUCACAUGCUGUGUUCCAGAUCUAUGUGAAACAGCAAGAUCGCACUGCCAGUAUAUCUCAGGAUAUUCGGGUAGCCAAAAUGAGCCUUAUUGAUCUGGCUGGCUCAGAACGAGCUUCUUCCACAAAUGCUAAAGGUGAGCGCCUCCGAGAAGGGGCCAACAUCAACCGUUCCUUGCUGGCCCUCAUCAAUGUCAUCAAUGCGUUGGCUGAUGCAAAGAGCAAGAAAGCUCAUAUCCCUUAUCGAGACAACAAACUGACCAGGCUUCUGAAAGACUCCAUUGGUGGAAACUGUCGGACUGUCAUGAUUGCUGCCAUCAGUCCAUCCUCUCUCAGUUAUGAUGACACCUACAACACUCUGAAGUACGCCAACCGUGCAAAGGAAAUAAAGCUCUCAGUAAAGAGCAACGUGAUCAACCUGGAUUGUCACAUAAGUAAAUACGCAGCUGUGUGUGAGGAGCUGAAGGCUGAGGUGGCGGAGAUGAGAGCAAAGCUUCUUUUCUAUAAAAUGAAAGAGCAGCCUGAUGAUGUCAUUUUAAACCACAGUCCGGAAGACAAGACGUCCCCUAGGCUGGAAGAACACUCUGACCUCAGAAGUCCGGAACAGGGAUCCGAAGUCCAUAGACUAAGCACGUUGUCUUGCCAGAGUCAGGAUUGCCAGCCUGCCAAGAAUAACCACAGGGAAUGGGACCAAACACCACUAAACCGCAGUCUAGAAGGAGAAAACCUUAAGAACAAUCCUUGUCUUCAUGAAGCCUUAAAAGAUAAUGCUGCAGAGAGGCUGGUCACUUCUCUGUUGAACUUUGUGUGGAAGCAGUGUGAAAUUCUGAAGCGUGCUGGCCUUCAGACUCCAGAACUAGAGGAUGAGCUGAGACAACUGGAAUAUUUAGCCCUGGGAGGACAGAAGGCAACAGCCGAAAAGGUCACUGAGAAAGAACGGAAGACAGAGGAAUGUGAAAUGGAAACCCAUGAGAAGCAAAAAGAAGAGGUCCCUCAGAGUCCAUUAGUAGAAGAUGUUGUUCUGGAUAUUAAAGAGAAGACCAUAGAAGACCCAGUCCCUCCUACCAGGAAAAGGAAACCAGGUAAACGAAACAGAGGGGACAUUCUUCCAGACAAUAGUCCCUCACUCCAAAGCCCAGUUGUACCAGUGAAAAGAAGAAGAGAAGCAGCAAACACUCCAACCAGAGCCAUUUUGGCAGUGAUCCCCAGCACACCGGAAGUCCAAGUUAAAAGACCCAGAAAAUCCUCAAUCCCCAGUAAAUGCAGAUUCUCCCUGAGAUCCAGUUUAAAUUUGCUGCCCCGCAAUACAAAUGACAGCAAUGUCCAGCCCUCUUCUGACUGCACCCCUAAACAAGUAACCCAGACUGCAAAUAUACAGUCACACACAGUCACCAGAAGUCGCGUGCCUUUGGGAAUCUCUGCCAUACAAAACUGUGCCUCUGUCCCUGCAUCAGCCCUGGUGCCAAGGGAUCUAAAUACAACAUUUGAUUUGUCUGAGGAGGGAUGCUUCAUAUCGAAGCUGGACAAAACGGUGAAUUUCGGAACCUCAGACUUUCCUGGCUGGGAAAAUGUGCCAAUUCACAACAUCGACAACAAUUUUGGAAAAAGCUCUGAUGUUGCCGUGUUCACCAUGAAGGGCCUCUCUGUAAAACACAUGAAUGCGAAUCAGAUGGCGUCUGCAGCCAAAUCCUACUCGCACAAGAGAAGGCAAUCCAGCAGUUCAUCCAUCUGUCGAAUAGGUUUGGCUCAAAGCCGUAUUGCCAGGCUUCAGAUGAGCACAGUCAAAAAAUCUCAGAAGCAGUCUACAAUAUCAGAGAACAUUUCCUGCAGCCCCCGAGGACAGAGCGGCAAGAGAACAGGGAAAGGAACUGUGGCAUUCGGCAUGUCCUUGUCUGCUGUUCCAAUGACCAGAUUCUCACAGUAUGCGGUUUUCAAGUUAUGAUGAAUACAUGGAAAAACUAUAUAUAUAUAUAUAUAUAUAAAUGCACAUACUUUUGGCCCAGUUGUAUUUUAUUGGCCAUUUUCUUAUAGUCCUGGCCAAGGGAUAAAAAUGAAAGCAAAAAAACUCUCAAACCACAGUAUUGGAUGUUUAACAAUGUGACCAUCAUUGCACACAAAGUACCAUUUGUCUACAGUACUGUAUACAUUACUCCUUUUUAUUGCUCUUCUACAGCAUUUUUAAACAUUUUUUAUGUUUUUAAACAUGGCUUUAACCUUUCAGCAUUUCCCCAAAUGGCUGGGAGCUCCGUGACUUUCUAUCACUUUAGAAGGAAGCAAUGACUUAUAAGUUCAUGAGUGCAAACUCACAUUCAUCUGUGUUGUCGGAUUGUUCCUUACACUCAAUUACUCCAUUACACACGAACCAAUGUUUAACAAACAAAAAAAUAUAAAUGCACAAAAAAAGGUUUAUUACUCUACGUUUCGGUCUCGCGCAGAGACCUUGAUUUGUUUUUCACUGUAGACGAAGGUCUCUGUAUGAGACUGAAACAUCAAGUAAUAAACCUGUUUUUGUUCAUUUUUAUUUUGUUUGCUAAUAAUUUAAAUCCCAGCAAUGCUGUCCUUGUUCUGUAGUUUUUUUUUCUACUAGCACCCAAAGUGCACAUAAAGCCAACGUGAGGUUUCGGACCCCUCUGGGACCUUUCUCAAGGAGACCGAAACAGGGACCCAGAGGGGACCAAAAUGUCACGUUGGCUUUAUGUGCACUUUUUGAUACACUCAUUUUUGCUAUAAAGAAUCCUGGUGUUGCUGGUCUUCUUUGAUAUAUAUGGACUUUUUACCAUGUACCCGGCAGAGACAUUUUGUGCAUACUGCUACUGAAAAAAUGCCUUACCCUUUAAACAAAACAGGGAUUGUUUGUCCAU